AUGGCUGUUACACCAUGGACCCAUGUCUCCCCACAGACCGGAACCUUCCGUAUGGUGUCGGAGGAGGAGCAGGCCCUGCGCUCAAAACUUGAGCACCUGACCGUGAAGGACCACGGGCCUGUGUUCGGACCCUGUGCCAAACUGCCGGACCACACCGCACAGAAGGCGAAGGACGAGCUGAAUGAGACCGAUGAGAAGAAGGUGUCUGCAGCGAAGGAGCUGCGGGCUAUGAUCAAAGAAAAGGCCGAUGGCGGGGAUGAGCUGGCCAAGGGGGUGCAGGAUAAGUUUGGGGACAAACCUGAUGGCCUGCUGCUGAGGUUCGUCCGUGCGCGCAAAUAUGACGUGCCCAGAGCCUUCGACCUCAUGAAGGGCUACGUGCGGUUCCGGCAGCAGUACCCAGAGCUGUUCGAGAACCUGACCCCAGAGGCUGUGCGCAGCACCAUCGAGGCCGGCUACCCCGGGAUCCUGCCCAGCCGUGACAAAUACGGACGCGUGGUGCUGCUCUUCAACAUUGAGAACUGGGACUACGAGGAGAUCACUUUCGAUGAGAUCCUGCGGGCUUACUGCGUGAUCCUGGAGAACCUUCUGGAGAAUGAGGAGACCCAGAUCAAUGGCUUCUGCAUCAUUGAGAACUUCAAGGGCUUCACCAUGCAGCAGGCCUCUGGAAUCAAACCCACUGAGCUCAAGAAGAUGGUGGACAUGCUGCAGGACUCUUUCCCAGCCCGGUUCAAGGCUGUGCACUUCAUCCACCAGCCGUGGUACUUCACCACCACUUACAACGUGGUCAAACCCCUCAUGAAGGGCAAGCUGCUGGAGAGGGUCUUUGUUCACGGCGAUGAGCUGGACAACUACUACAAGGAGUUUGAUGCGGACAUCCUUCCUGCAGAGUUUGAUGGGAAGGCGCCUCCCUACGACGGAAAGGCAACUGCGUCCAAGCUGUUUUAG